AUGAGGUUUCCGAAGUGCCAGCAUAGGAAUUGAAGAGAGAAAGCGGAGUGUUAUUUGAUAGAGAGUGGGAUUUAUGUGUGACAGGGGGAUAAGGAGACAGAGUAUUCUAGGGAAGAGAGUGUUAGGCUGGUUAAGGAGAAACCUGUAAGGAUAUGUCUCCAGGUCAUUGAUGAAUGUAGGAAGGGUAUGAUGUUGUUAACUGAAAUUAAUGGAUUCCAAGCUCCAGAAGAAGACUAUAAAGCUUUGGACAUAUCUUUAAAAGAACAAAUCUAUGAUAUUCAGAAGAGGCUUCAAGAAGCCAUCCAAGACAGGAAGUACUUCAGACUUGGUCUUCUCUUAAGAGAAGCUCGAACCAUAGAAGAGUUCCUAAUGGAUGACCCCCUUUUUAUAAAAUAUGCAGUUAAUCAGAUUAUGAAGGACGCAAAGGCGGUGGUAAAGAAAGAAAAAGAGAGAAGCCUUGAACUAGCAACCAAAGAGAUCUCUCAGCAAUAUAAUGAUUUGCUGUGUAAAACAGUUAAAAAGUUAAACGAAAGAGCAAAAGAGAGCAAGAGAAAAUAUGAAGAGUUGCAGUCAGAUCAUGAUUUUUAUCAGAAAUAAAAGCAAAGUUAUUGUUUUGUCAAGCUCCCUCUUUCUUGUUGGAGCAUUUCUAUUAUAUUUGUUCUUUCAAAAUUUUGAGCUCAAAUAUUCAGAAACGGGUGUGUCGUUUAGAUACAAUAGCAGAACCCCUCUAUCGUUUCAAAGCUCCUUAAAAUCUGAACUUUUUGAUAACGAAUCUACUAUCUCGACACAGGCUGCUACGAUAACUCAUCUCCAAACUGAGGUGAACACGAUAACUCAAAACCUGCUCCAAGCCAUUAAGACUCCUUCUGCGUUGUUCGAGUUCAUCAGUGGGAUGAUCACAACCUACUCUGUUCAAGAAGUCAAAGCACUUUCAAACAAGAUUGUGGGCACUGAGGUUUAUAGUGAAGUCCAGCAGAGAAUGAUCCUGAGGUUGAAUGAUCACAAGCAUUUUGAGUUCUUAAAGGCAAUUGAACCAGUCCCAAGAUCUACAAGGAACAAAAGGAGUUAAACAUAGGAAUGUGCGUAUGCUCCUUUGAAGAGUGAAGAGCUUCAGACCUUUUUAAAGUACUACUUUCCAGAAGAAGUUACAGAGUUCCAUUUUUAUGGAUCGAAGAUAGACUCUCCUGUUGAUUAUUAUUUGGAUGAGUUGGUUAUUGUGAUGAAGAAAGUUAAAGAAAUGAUGAUUGUGCAUAAUUAUCAAAUAAGCCAGAUCAGCCUGGAAGCACUCUUUUCUCAAUCCAAGCAUCUAACCUCAUUUGGAUUCAUGAACUGUCAGAUAGAUGCUUCUUCAACUCCAGAAUUCGGAGAUAGCCUUACUAAUAGCACUAUAAAAACUCUAUACUUAAGCAACCUGAACCAGGCCUUUUUCCAAGGAGGGAUAUUCAGCUCCUCAAAUUUUGAACACCUCAUCCGAGGCUUAUCAGUCUCAGAAGAUUUCAAGAAAAACUUAAAACAAAUCUGGGUGGAAAACUGUGAAGAGACUGAAGCAAACAUCCUAGCGAUUCUUACCAAACAUGGUUUCGAAGGUGUCAGUGUUCUAGGAGCUUUAGAAGUA